AAAAAAAAAAAAUGAUUGAAUAACGUAAGCAAGCAUGUGAUUCCAAGAGGGAAAAGCAAAUCGAAAAAGCACUGAUUCGUUGUAAAGAAAGAACACGAAAGUGAGUUAUUGCAACUGAGAAUCCAAAUUAAACAGCUGAACUGGGGAACCUCGUCUCUCGCCGGAGAUCCACCAUGGCCGCAAGUUCCGCCACCUCCUCCACCGUUUCUCACCAGAAUCCAACCUUCUCCCCCGAUUUCCCUUCCAGAAUUCCCCUUACUUCCGAUCAGGUCAACCACUGCACCAAAGCACUCGCACUGUUGAAGAACAAGCUCCGAAACCCCGACACUAUCUUACAAGAGUUCCUUCACUUGCAGGCAAAUAGGAUUACGCUGAGUGAGUCCACGAGAAGAUGCAACGUUGCUCUUAAUUCUGUUAAUAUCAACAAAAACCGAUAUAAAGAUGUUAUACCAUUUGACAAGAACAGGGUUGUUCUUAAUUCAAGUUCAGAUUAUAGGUCUGAAUCACUGGGGUAUAUCAAUGCAAGCUUUAUCUUGACUUCUUCCACUGGAACUGUGUCUGAGUUUAUAGCCACACAAGGUCCAUUGCCACACACUUAUGAGGAUUUCUGGGAAAUGAUAAUGCAAUAUAACUGCCCUGCAAUAGUGAUGCUUACUAAGUUGGUCGACAAUUACAAGAUGGUGAAGUGUGGAGAUUAUUUUCAAUCUGAAGAUAGACCUAGAGAAUUUGGUAAUAUCUCGCUUGCAUGUAAAUGGACGAAAACUACUGAAACUUCACUUGUACUGCGUCAUCUGGAGGUGAACCAUAAAGAGGUAGAAGAUACACCAUUAUCUGUUUUUCAUAUUCAGUAUCCUGAGUGGCCUGACCAUGGAGUCCCAAACGAUACUUUGGCUGUGCGUGAAAUUUUGAAAAGAUUAUACCAUUUGCCACCAAACCUUGGCCCAAUAGUGGUGCACUGCAGUGCAGGUAUUGGUAGAACUGGAACAUACUGCACAAUUCACAGCACAAUUCAGAGAAUACUUGCUGGCGAUAUUUCUGCUAUAGAUAUUGCUAAUACAGUAUCUGUGUUCCGGUCUCAGCGAAUUGGAAUGGUUCAGACUCAGGAUCAGUACAUCUUUUGCUAUGAAGCUAUCAUAGAUGAACUUGAAGACCUUGUAUCUCAACAAUAAUGAGAGUAGAAGGUGCUAGAUCAAAGGAUGUUAAGCUGCUUGCCUCAUUCUGAAGCCAACUUUCAAUUCUUCCAUUUUCUAGUUGGGUCCUGCAAUGCUUAUGUUUCCCAGCAGCUGACUCUGAAGCAUCAGCAUUCUGGAGAUUUUAUGAUUUUCUCUGAACUCAGUUUAUUCUCAUUAUUGUGGAACAGAAGGACACAAAUGACCUUAAUAAUCUAAAGUCCAUUGUAAUCUUGUUAUUAUUUUUCUUCAUUUAACCCUA